AUGUCGAAUUUCUCUGACGAGCUCGAAGAAAUCAAAUCCCUAAUCUCUUCAGGCACCAAAUCAAACAAGUCACUCGGCUACUCGACUCUCUCACACCUCCAAGAACAGUCCUCCGACGACCACGCUUUGAUUCAAACACUCUCGCUGAGCUCCCGGAGCCUUCUCCGUCGCAUCGUCGCCGAUGUUCACAGCGACGAUGAAGAAAUCGCGACGCAGGCUUUGAAAUGUUUGGGGUUUAUGAUAUACCAUCCCGCAAUUGUUGCCGCAAUUAUAGCGGAUGAUGUGAAGUUAGUUUUGGAUUCAUUGGUUAGAGUCAUUACGACUACGAAAAUGAAGUCGGUUUGUAAUUUAGGAGUGUGGUGCAUAUCUCUGCAACAGCUGAGUGAAUCACUUUUGGCUCCUCAUUUCCAUUCUCUCUUGCGCGCGGUAGUUCAUGCCAUUGACAAUCCCAUUGGUUCUCUGUCGACAACUUUUGAGGCUAUUCAGGCUGUUAUUAAGCUAGCAACUCUAUUAAGUGAGAACAUGAGAGAAUUGUCUCAUAUAUGGGCGCCUCCAAUAUAUAGAAGACUUCUUAGCUUUGACAAGAGAGACAGGGAUAUGUCUGAAAGGUGUUUAUUGAAGAUUAGAUCUACAAUCAUACCUCCUCCGAUAAGUCUCUCCAAGGUGCUUGUCAAAGAUUUAAAGAAAAAGUUGCUCGCUCGGAUGCACGAUAUGCUAACCAGUGGUAUGAAGGUUCAAACUAUUCAAGCAUGGGGAUGGUAUAUCCGUUUACUAGGGUCUCAUGCCUUGAAAAACAGACAUUUAAUUAAUGAUAUGCUGAAAAUUCCUGAGAAAACAUUUUCAGAUCACGACUCACAAGUUCAGAUUGCUUCCCAGGUUGCCUGGGAAGGUCUUAUCGAUGCUCUUAUUCACCCACCAAUGUUAUUGCCGUAUACGACAAAUGCUGCAAAAGAGGAUGGUAUGCAAAGAAAGGGAACACAGGAAGUAAACAGUGGUGAAAUCCUUAAAACUGGAACUUUUAAAAGCGUAAGGCUCAUCAUGACACCACUUAUAGGCAUCAUGUUGAGUAACUCUGAUGUAUCUGUCCACUUGGCCUGCUUGAACACGUGGUGCUAUCUGUUACAUAAACUUGAUACCUCUCUGAAUGAUUCUUCAAUGAUCAACUUUGUAGUAGACCCUAUCUUUGAAGCAGCUUUUCAACUUGAUCCUGAUGGUAAGAGCUUCUGGGCUAGGGAUGUGUGCAUUAAUUUGCUUGAUGAUUUCAUAUCAGCAAAAUGUAAACCUCUAGACUAUGACCCACGUAAUCAGGUAAGCCAGCAGUUAUCAGCCCAAACCUCUUUGAAUGCACCCAUCAUAUCUGACAGUUGCUCAUGGAAGCAGUAUCCUAUUAAAUGGUUGCCAUGGGAUCUGAGUAUGUUGGACUUUCAUUUAAAGAUGAUCUACAGCCUCAUCCUUCAAUCACCAAAGAAAACUGUCUGCUAUGAUAACAGGGUUCCAGCUGAUGAGGCUCCCUUGAGGUUAUUUAGAGCUGUUUUGAAAGGAGUUGAACUGGAAUUCAAGAGGUCAUCCAUCAAUUAUGAUGAUAUUAUGUUGUGUUUGAAUGCAAUACUGAAGUUCAUAAGAAAUAUAUGUGAAGAAGUAAGUCAGGAUGGUUGUGACAGACAUGGCUUGUAUCAUAUAUCACUUCAGUUUAUAGAGGCUGUCACCGAGGAGAUAGAACCUACUAUAAUAGGAUCCCCUCUUUACAAGGUGGCAUUGAACAUCAAGUAUUUUGAAAACCUGCAAAUGGUUGCUGACAUUGGAUAUGAAAAUUCGGGUGUCUGCUCUAUUGGUUAUAUGGAUAUGGUUUCACCGAUGGUUUAUUUGAGUGUACUUUACUUCUCGGUGGUGGUUCAGUCAAGCUUGAGUACAUCCAAAGCCGACUACAUUCGACAGGGAAUGCAGAAAUAUAUCAGACUCUGA